AUGAGCGCCUCAUCCAGCCUCGCCCGCAGGGCUGUAACUCGCAACCCCUUGCUUGGUCCAUCAAGACAUCUAUCCAGAGGCGUCUCGCCAGCUCUCAUCACCAGACACAUUGCCCGACAGACCCAGAUCCCUGCCUUGGCUCUGCUUGUCCCAUUGCGCCAAUUGGGAACCGAGCCUCAUCGACCGGAUGCGCCGUCUGGACCGCCGCCAGGGUUCAAUGCCGAGCAGGCUAAGAAGCCGCUGCCAAAGGACCCUUCGAGUGCUGCUAAGAAAUCAGAUGCCGAUGCAAAGACAAAGGAUGGGUCGGUGACUGCUGCGCAAGCCAAGGCCGAUGCCUCAUCAGCGGAGCUUGCUGCCAAGACUGUCGACAACUCUUCGCAAAAGGAGCUGGCAAAGAAGAAGGAGGAGGAACUCAAAUUGACGACCUGGCAGAAAAUUAAGAAAGAGGCACAGCAUUACUGGGAUGGAACCAAGCUCCUUGGUACAGAGAUCCGUAUCAGCUGGAGGCUAGCACUCAAGAUGGCUGCUGGCUACGAGCUUACCCGCAGGGAAAAUAAGCAGCUCCAGCGCACUGUGAAAGACCUGGGCCGUCUCGUUCCCUUUUCCGUCUUCAUCAUUGUCCCCCUGGGUGAAGCUCUGCUGCCUCUGGCCCUCAAGCUCUUCCCCAACAUGCUCCCUAGCACGUUUGAGGGUCAAAAGUCCAAGGAGGCAAAAGCUACUCUGAUGCGAUCAACGAGGAAGGAGGUCAGCAGCUUUAUUCGCCAGACGCUGAAAGAGUCCGGCCUUCCCCUGAGCCAAGCGACAGCUCAGAAGGAAGAGUUUGCCAAGUUCUUCCGCAAAGUCAGAGCCACUGGAGAAGCGCCCACUGACCAGGACGUUAUCAAGGUGUGCAAGGUCUUCCGCGAUGACAUGACUCUGGAUAACCUGUCACGGCCCCAACUGGUGUCCAUGUGCCGCUACAUGGGUCUCAACACCUUUGGCACAGACGCCAUGCUGCGAUAUCAAAUCCGCCAUCGCAUGCGUCAAAUCAAGCGCGAUGAUAAGGCUAUCGCCUAUGAGGGCGUUGACAGCCUAACUGUUGCAGAGCUGCAGCUGGCGUGCGCCGCCCGCGGUAUUCGCACACACAGCGUCUCCCCUGCCAGGAUGAGGGCUGAUCUGCAGACCUGGCUUGACUUGCGUCUCAAGGAGGGCGUUCCCUCUACGCUGCUGGUCUUGAGCAAUGCUUACAUGUACGGCCAAGGAUCCGGCGAGGGUUCGAGCCAGAUUGAGGCCCUUACUGGUGUUCUCUCCUCUAUCCCUGAGGAGCUCUACCAUGAGAUCGAGCUUGAAGUCCACAACGCUGAGGGCGCCGCUACCAACAAGCAGCGUCUCGAAGUCGUCAAGGAGCAGCAAGAUCUCAUUGAAGAGGAAGAGAUGCAGAACAAGGAGAGCCAGACAACAGGCUUUGCUACUCCCCGUGAUGUCGAUGACAUUGACGAGAAGGAAGAGAGAGAAGCGUCGGCCGCCAAGAGUGGCUUAGAGACGAAGCCAGCCAGCGAGAUGGUUGAUGCCGAAAUGGAGCAGAUCAAUGUCAUUGAGGCUGAGAAGAAGGCCAAUGCCCAGGAGCAGAAAUAA